AUGCGCUUGUUUGCCCUCACAUCCGUUUUGGCUCUGGCUCUUGGUGCCAAUGCUGCCUUCACCGCUGCUCAGGCCACAUCCAACAUCGAUGCUAUUACUCAGAAAUCUGCGGAUACCAGGGAAGUUGCAAACGGCAUUAUCACUUUCAAUGCGGUCCGCUCUGGCCCACUACGCUACGUUUUCAAUUGGGGUGAUAGAAACCUCGGACUGGGACAGGGCUUUAAAGACAUCAUUGCUCUUGCCAACCAAGAUAUCUCUGCUAUUUCUCUGGAGCGCAGCUUGAAGGACGGUCGCGCCGAGGUUGUCGAUGGCAGCAAGAAGCUUCUUGCAAGUCCAUCAGGGGCUUUUGGAAGUCGUCAAGCAAGCACGUUUACCCAGUCUAUUGCUGCUGUUCGAUGCACCCUUGAAGGCGGCGUUGAAAAAAAUGCUCUCGGUUCCAUCGACUUGUUUCCCACUUGCGCUGAGGAUGCUGCUAAGGACAAAAACGCCCUUGACAUGACUCUCCGUGAUGCGGAAGACACUUACAACUAG